AUGUGGAAUCCUCUAUCAUGGGUCAUGGAAGUGGCAGCUCUCAUAGCAAUUGCUCUGGCAAAUGGAGGGGGGAAGCCACCAGAUUGGCAAGACUUUGUGGGCAUUGUUGUUCUAUUGAUCAUCAACUCCACCAUCAGUUUCAUUGAAGAAAACAAUGCUGGAAAUGCAGCAGCUGCUCUAAUGGCUGGUCUUGCUCCAAAGACAAAGGUUCUUAGAGAUGGGAGGUGGAGUGAGCAAGAGGCUGCUAUCUUGGUGCCUGGUGAUGUUAUAAGCAUAAAGUUGGGAGACAUUGUACCAGCUGAUGCUCGUCUUUUGGUGGGCGAUCCCUUAAAGAUUGAUCAGUCAGCCUUAACUGGUGAGUCACUUCCGGUUACUAAGCAUCCUGGAGAUGAGGUGUUCUCUGGUUCCACUUGCAAGCAAGGUGAAAUCGAAGCCAUUGUCAUUGCUACUGGUGUCCACACUUUUUUUGGCAAGGCGGCACAUCUCGUCGACUCUACUAACCAAGUUGGUCACUUCCAAAAGGUUCUUGCAGCAAUUGGUAACUUUUGCAUUUGCUCAAUUGCUUUGGGAAUGUUGGUGGAGAUCAUAGUGAUGUACCCAAUUCAACAUAGGAAGUACAGGGAUGGAAUUGACAAUCUCCUUGUCCUCCUCAUUGGUGGAAUCCCCAUUGCCAUGCCCACUGUGCUCUCUGUUACCAUGGCCAUUGGUUCCCACAGGCUCUCAAAGCAAGGUGCCAUCACCAAGAGGAUGACUGCCAUUGAGGAGAUGGCCGGCAUGGAUGUCCUCUGCAGUGAUAAGACUGGAACUCUAACCCUUAACAAGCUUACUGUCGACAAGACCAUGAUCGAGGUGUUCACAAAGGAUGUGGACAGGGACAAGGCAGUGCUGCUUGCUGCCAGGGCAUCGAGAGUCGAGAACCAGGAUGCCAUUGACACUGCAAUUGUCAGCAUGUUGGCUGACCCCAAGGAGGCUCGGGCAGGUAUACAGGAGGUGCAUUUCUUGCCAUUCAACCCUGUGGACAAGCGCACCGCCAUUACGUACAUCGAGUCUGAUGGUUCCUGGCAUCGUGCUAGCAAGGGUGCACCAGAGCAGAUUGUGGAUUUAUGCAACCUAAGAGAGGAUGCCAGGAAUAAGGUUCACUCCAUCAUUGACAAAUAUGCCGAUCGUGGGCUUCGUUCUCUGGCUGUUGCCAGACAGGAGGUGCCGGAGGCGACAAAAGAGAGCGCCGGGGGGCCAUGGGAGUUUGUAGCGGUGUUACCUCUCUUUGAUCCUCCAAGGCAUGACAGUGCGGAGACCAUCAAGAGGGCUCUCCACUUAGGUUUGAAUGUGAAGAUGAUCACAGGUGACCAGCUCGCCAUUGCCAAGGAGACGGGACGAAGGCUCGGAAUGGGUACCAACAUGUACCCUUCGUCCUCUUUGCUCAGCCAGAGCAAGGACAAAUCACUGGCUGGCCUCCCUGUUGACGAGCUCAUCCAGAAGGCCGAUGGUUUUGCUGGAGUUUUUCCUGAGCACAAGUAUGAGAUUGUGAAGAAGCUACAGGAGAGGAAGCACAUAUGUGGUAUGACAGGGGAUGGUGUGAACGAUGCCCCUGCCUUGAAGAAAGCCGACAUUGGUAUUGCCGUUGCUGAUGCUACCGAUGCUGCUAGAAGUGCCUCUGACAUCAUCCUCACCGAGCCUGGCCUCAGUGUUAUUGUGGGUGCUGUUCUCACCAGCAGAGCCAUCUUCCAGAGGAUGAAGAACUACACGAUAUAUGCGGUUUCUAUCACCAUUCGUAUGGUGUUGGGUUUCAUGUUGAUUGCUCUCAUAUGGAAGUUCGACUUCUCUCCUUUCAUGAUUCUCGUAAUCGCCAUCCUCAACGACGGGACGAUCAUGACAAUCUCAAAGGACAGAGUGAAGCCAUCGCCAAUGCCAGAUAGCUGGAAAUUGAAGGAAAUCUUCACAACGGGCGUGGUGCUCGGGACUUACCUUGCCGUCAUGACUGUGGUCUUCUUCUGGGUGGUGCACAAGACUGACUUCUUCUCGGACGUGUUUGGAGUCCACUCUAUCAAGGAUAACCAUACCGAGCUCAUGGCGGCACUGUACUUGCAAGUAAGCAUCGUGAGCCAGGCCCUCAUCUUUGUCACCCGAUCAAGGAGCUUUUCCUUCAUCGAGCGCCCUGGCCUCUUGCUGCUGGUUGCCUUUACUUUCGCUCAGCUCAUUGCCACCCUCAUCGCUGUCUAUGCAAAUUGGGGCUUCGCGAGGAUCGCCGGCAUUGGGUGGGGUUGGGCUGGUGUCAUUUGGCUCUACUCCAUUAUCACAUAUUUCCCUCUCGACAUCUUCAAAUUCGUGGUUCGCUAUGCCCUCAGUGACAAGGCAUGGGACUCCUUCCUCCAAAACAAGACUGCUUUCACAACAAAAAAGGAUUACGGGAAGGGUGAGCGAGAGGCGCAAUGGGCACUUGCCCAGCGCACCCUCCACACCCUGCAGCCCCCCAGAGCCGUCACAGCUCUUCAACUACCAGACCAGUUACAGGGAGCUCACCUAGCUUGCUGAGCAAGCCAAGCGUCGUGCCGAAGUUGCUAGGCUUCAAGAACUGCACACUCUAAAGGGGCAUGUGAAGUAUGUGGUGACAGGCUUCAAGAACUGCAUGCUCUAAAGGGGCAUGUGGAGUCUGUGGUGACAAGCUUCAAGAACUGCACAAUCUAAAGGGGCAUGUGGAGUCUGUGGUGAAGUUGAAGGGUCUGGAUAUCGAGACCAUCCAACAAUGUGGAGUCUGUGGUGAAGUUGAAUUGAAGGGUCUAGAUAUCAAGACCAUCCAAGAACAUUACACUGUUUAAGAGAGAAAAAAAGCCCAUUGACUCACCAAAAUCAAGCAAGAGAGAGAGAGAGACAAAUGGGUAAUGUGAGGGACUUAGAAGUUAGGGGAAUUUUUA